GCCAAACAGCAGAGCAAGGUUUGUUCUUAUAGAAAACCCACUGCCCCCCUACUACCACUCUCCCACCUUCCAAAACUCCCCUGCUCAUAUCUCUCCUCCCACUCCCCCUCGCCCAUCUAUCCAGACUCAGACAGUCUCUCAAGCCCCACCCGCCUCACUCUCAGCCUAUCGGAUGGGGAGGAUCAGCUGGACCGCCUCCAGCAGGUGGAGCUUGCCCGGGGCAUGCCCAUGUCGCUGUGGAGGGCGGGCACCGUGCAGGCCUGGCUGGAGGUCAUCAUGGCAAUGCCCAUGUACAUUCGCGCCUGCUCUGAGAAUGUGAAGAGUGGCAAGGUAGGACCCGAGAUGGCAUCAAACUGUAGGAAGACUUAGGCCAGUAUUCAAUCAAUCAAAUCCAUGUGGCUUUCCGAAUAGCUCUUUCAGAGGUGGAUUCAUUUGAUUUUCACAUCAGCUUCUCCUGCCGGUAGAGCGAGUUGACACUUGAUACAGAUAUUGACAGACUGGUUGCUGCAUUGGAGCCUGGAGACUUCUCAGCCUGGUUUGCUCUCAGAACUGAACAAGUCACAUCAAGAGAAUAUCAGUUUUUUCUCAGUUUUUAAAUCAAAUGUCAAUUUCCGCCAUCCGGUACAUGCUGCGGCGCAAAUCAAAGGCACUUGUGAAAUCGCAAUCCGGAAAUCCACUAUCAGCAAUCAGUUGAAUGUGAUUUGACCUUUGACCCCUGUGCAGGUGCUGCUGGGCCUGUCAGAUGAGGACCUGGAGCUUGGGUUAGGGGUCACCAGCUCCAUGCACCGCAGGAAGCUCCGGCUGGCCAUCAAUGACUACAGGGAUGCAGAAAACGGCAGGGGGUGAGACGCUCCUCAUACACCUUCUCACACUAAAACCACAUAUCUAGGAACCAGAUUGCCCAACCCCAAAUCCUAACCUUAACCAUUAGGAGGGUACAAUAAUAUCUGACCCUGGAUCAACAGUUAAAGGCAAACUCUACAACUCUCAUCUGCAAUGGUAUCAGACACACACACACACAGUAGCGGUUUGCUACCUCUAGUGUGAGAUGGCCCUCUGCUGGUCAAACAUGACUACCACUAUUCUAACACACUGCAUAACACCACACGUUAUUGGUGACAGGCACAAUCAUGUAACCAAGGUUAGACAAUGAUCAGAGACAGAGAUGCAGGGUUUGGCAAACCCAGUUUCAGAUUUGGAAUUUGAGCCGCCUCCACAAAGUGUUCCAAGGCAAUAAAAUAAUGCAUAUGCAGAAUGUGAAUUAGAAUGUCACUUUCAAGUAGAGUUGGGGUCAAUUUCAGUAGGUUGAAUUGGACAUGGAAUUCAAUUAAAUCCCUGUAGUUGGAAUGGAAUUGACCCCAACACUGCUGUCAAGGAACAUAGGCCCAACAUGGAAGAUAUACUCUUUACAUCCCAGAGAGCAAAACUGGUUGCAAUGACAUCAGGCUGACUUCUUUAUUGUUUCCAUAGUCAAGUUGUAUAUUGAUUGUAAACUGACGUUUAUAGAUGUGUCAUUAGUGACCAGAAACAAACAUCUUCACCUGGUUGUAAUCUCUUGUCGCUUCAACCAGAGAACAACUUUUCAACCCGAAAAUGGCAUUCUUAUGACAUCCCGUGCAAAAUAUUUCACACAGGGACAUAAUAAUCUACUCACCUUCCUUUCUUCUCAUCUCUUUCCAUCUCUCCCCAUGUCCUGUCAUCUCUUCUCAUGUUUUCUUCUUCUUCAUUUCUCCUCAUCUCUUCACACUGCAGGCUGUCAAAGGCUGCAGACUUGGACCACCACUGGGUGGCCAAGGCCUGGCUGAACGACGUGGGGCUGCCGCAGUACUCGCAGGCCUUCCACACACACCUGGUUGACGGGCGCAUGCUCAACUCUCUGACACAGCGUGAUCUGGAGAGGUCCCUCAACGUCACCAAGAAGGCCCACCAGGUCAGCCUGCUGCUGGGCAUCGAGCUGCUGUACAUGCUCAACUUUGACAAGGAGGUGGGUAGUCAUGCAAACAGCAACACACAUCCAUAUAUACAGUAUACAUUACACAUACAUUACAUGUACAAAUGUGCAGUAGGCCAACAUACUGUCCAUACAGCAGGAUUGGGAAAACAGUCAAUUCAGGAAUUUAUUUGAAUAUAAACACUUGAAAUAAAUAGCUUCUCCUUUUCAUUUUAUUGAGAAGUGAUUGAAAAUAAGCCCUUUUUUAAAUUAUUGAAUUGGAAUUUCAGUUUACUUCCUGAAUUGACUGACUUAUAUUCAAAAUAAAUGUUAGAGAUAUGUAUUUGUGUAUGCAUGUACUGUAGGCUACAAUUCACUUUAUUUGCACAUACUGACAUGGCUUUAUGAACUCAUUUAGUUGUGGAUGUGUGUAAUCUGUGGUUGAAAGUAGAAUACAAAUGGUGAAUGUACAUUUAAAUGUGUGUUUGUGUGUGUCUAUAUAUACACGUGUGUGUGUCUUUCGACCCUCUCAGGCCCUCCAGGCCAGACGGGCUCAGUGUGAGCAUCAGAACCUGGAUCCCUUGGUAUGGACGUGUCAUCGUGUCGUCAAGUGGGUUCGAGACAUUGACCUUAAGGUGGGGUCAUGGGGUCACAUUCAUCCUAUUGACUUUGGCACACAAGUACUUUAAGAACAUGACAUCUGAUGUUUUACACUGACUCAGUACCAGUGGUGAACCGUGGCUAUUAUACCUUCAGUGGGGAGAAAAUAUCUUCCAACAUGUUGUACCAAACUCAAAAAUCAAGAAAGAUAGCAUAGCAUCACUUAAUGUUCCCAACUGAAUCAAACAGGACUGAGGCUGAGCCACGCUUCGGGCUGCACUCACACAGAGACAGCACCCGCACGGAUAUUGCUACCAGCAACAACAACCAUACUGCUUACACAACCUAUGGUAGCCUAACGCCAUCACUAUCACUUGCGACAACAGUGACACAUCAAGAGAAGUGAGUGUGGCAGGCUUGUGAUGCUGAAAGGACAGCGACCCUAAUACAUUUUACAUUUACAUUUUAGUCAUUUAGCAGACGCUCUUAUCCAGAGCGACUUACAGUUAGUGCAUACAUUAUUUUAUAUUUAUCAUACUGGCCCCCCGUGGGAAUCAAACCCACAACCCUGGCAUUGCAAACGCCAUGCUCUACCAACUGAGCUACAUCCCUGCAGCGCACUUUUUGUAAAACACAUAGGGCUGAUAGAAAGAUAGCAGUCACACACAGCAUGAUGUUAAAGAAUAAGCAGCCCAUUCACUCUGACAUAAUAAGCCAGUAGGUCCCAAUCAUAAGAAUACAAUAACACAAUCAUUAGGCUAAGCAUUUCCAAAUUGAAAUGUGCAACUAUUACUUCCCAUUGCAAAAACAAAAUGUUCACAUUCAGCACACAAACUAACUGGUGAUAUAAGGUUUAAAUGCUACAAUGUUUCAUACAGAAGUUAUUUUCAAAGAGAUGGCUAACUUUUUGUUGAAAGUUCAUCUUGAAAAGGGCGACGCUAACAAAUUAGCAACAACAUCCUCCUCGAUAACACGUGCUGCAGCCGCUGCACACUAGCCUACAACAAAAGCUAGCUAUCUAGCUAGCUAGCUAGACCGUGGGAAAACGACUGCGGAAGUUCUUGUUCUUCUAUGGUAUAAUGGCGUUCGCAACAAUUGGAUGUGCAUUCCGCCACCUACUGUGCGGGUGGAUAAUAAGGAUCCCAAAAAGGAAAUAAUGUGGGUAAAUAUAUAUAUAUAUAUAUAUCAUACAAACUUAACUAGAAAUUAACUAAACAAAAUCAACCUGCUUUUCUGUAAAAAAAUACAAUAAUCUAAUCAGGUCCCUAAAUAGGCUCAGAAGACUCCUGUGAGGGCGGGACAUUUCGUAGCGACAAUAGUCCUUGCAGUGCUUCUGCCGUGAAGUCUUGAAGUCCCCAAAACUUCUCUGCUGCAGAUAUAAUGAUGUCCAGCUUCUUGGACUUCUUAGACAUUUGUGCUGUACAAUUAAUCACUGUGGCUAUAAAUGCUACAAAAUCCACCUUCUUCACAAUGAGUGUAUCCAGAUCACUUAAUUGACUUAAAACAUUAGCAACUGGUUGCAACGCAUCCACCUCCAUAUCUUCUUCAACACUGUGGCCUCUUGCCCCUUCGACUCUCUUCACCACCUCCACAUAGGAGAUCUGCUGUACAGCCCUGAUCCUUGAUACCUCGACCUCUCUCACCCUAACAGGGCACUCAAGGAAGUCCAGAGUAUGAUCCCCACCACAGUUGCAACAUUUUCCAUUCACAGAUUCUUCAAUACCAUACUUCUCACGUCUGCAAACAUUUGACACGUGACCAUAUCUUUUACAAUUCCCACACUGUAGUGGUUUGGACAGAAAUGCUCUAACCGCAUACCUCACAUAUCCAAGCUUCACAUGUUCAGGUAGUCUCUUCAAACAAUCAAUAGGCUUUUCUCCUUCCUUCCCAUUUACAGGCCACGUGCACUGACCACUCCUGGGAUUUUCUGAAUAAGGUGCUCGUCAUCUAUAUCUAACGAGACUCCAAGUAUAACUCCCUUGGCAGGCGCCCUGCUCCGAAAGUCAGUACAGGUUACUUCUGAUGUGGGUAAUUUUGCCAGAUCCAGUGCACGCUUCUUCUGUUCUUCAUCGACACAAUUAACCAAAACAAGGCUGCUUCUAGUCACCUUGAUUAAAUCCACCUUUCCCACUGCUUUCUUCACAGUCCUCGAUAGAACAAAUGGAUUUCCCAAAUUAACCUCCUUGUCCAAAAAACGCAGUCCAAUAAGAAAUGCAUUAUUGGACCGGUCCUUGUCCUCUACUUCGUUUUGUUCCAUUCUUUGAUUUCACUAUUUUCCAUUCAUUGUCACACACUUCACUUGCCGCACUUUCAGAUUCAAGCAACAAUUCCAUGGACGCUACCGUUUUGGAACAUCUCCAUCUUUAUCCGAAGGCGGAAGUUUCCAUACAUUUUUGUAUAAACGCCAUUACAAGUCAAAAUGUGAUUGGUUGAUUGCGCUGUCACUCCAGAAUUCUGCCCUAAUACGGUUAAAUGGCAGAUGCCUUCUAUCUAGCUUCUGAUGGCACAGCCAAUGGCUGAUUUACCUAGCUAGAUUUAUCUCCACAGAGACCACCAAAGAAAAAUCCUGAUAUUUUUUAUCUUCAGUGUUAACCCUUUCCUUUCCAACACAAACUGAAGCGAUUAAAUCAGAAUAUAAUUGAAAACAAUAAUAUAAUUUGAAUAUGAUUGAAAUAUUAUUGAAAAGAUUAAAUAGAAAUUAAAGGAUAUUUAUAUAUUUUACUACUACAAUUAUUUUAUAAAUCCUUAGGCCUUCUCUGAAGGCAUAGAAGGCCUUCACGGUUCCCCACUACUCAGUACGCAUUGAUAAAUCUUAGCCACUUAUGAUAAGACCUGACUGGUGUCAGUAUGAAAAUGUGCUUACACAUGGUUAGUAAUCAUUUGAUGUACAGUGCAAAGUAUUCAUUAAAGUGAAUUGUGCAUCCCAAUUAUUGCGGUAUUGUGGUUACCGCACAAUAAGUCGUGACUUACUGUAACUCAAUUAACCGUUUUCAGAAGCUUAUGACAGUUUAUGAUAGAUCCUUUCAUAUGAACAGCCAGUGGUGGCCCAUCACCACCUGUUUUUAGCCCCACAUUUUUACCUAAAAAUACAAAAUACAAAUAAAUUGUUGCCUGUUUUGCAUGUUAUUUUGGCAUUAAUACAUGUCACAUAUCAUUUAGCAAACAAUGUUUUUUUUUUUUUUACAAAAAUCAUUGAGUUAAUAAAGCCGCAUACAGUAAGGCAGCUCCAAAAUGCAGGUGUUUCAGCCUAGCUCAGUGCUUUCUGUGGUGGUGGGGCAGCCAACAGAAAAUGCGGCACGUAGGGGUUGGUAAUGUUCUCUAGUUGCUACCGGGAUUGCGUAAUGUUCUCUAGUUGCGCCGUGAUUGUCUCAGUGUUUGUCACUCAUGGGGACACUACGUCACCGCCAAAUCUAAGGGUAGAGCUUGAAAAUUCAAGCCCCUUGGGUGCUGCCAUAGAGUUACAUUAGAAGUACCCAUCCAAGAAGGCUCAAGGUCAUUGGCCACAGAUAAAAUUACGUCAAAUCACAUUAUAUCUACAGUAGCUUUGAUUGGACUGAUCAUGUCAACAUCAUACUUUCAAAAUCUUAGCUAGCAAGCUAGCAGUCAUCAUGAAUCAUGUCGACAAUCUACUGGCAAAUGCUUUUUAGUCCUUGUCAUAUGAAGAGAAAUUAUAGCUAAAACGUAUCGGUGCUCAUCGGCCAUUGGACAUAAACAUUACACAACAAGUUGGAAAUCGCAAAUUCAACAAUUAGUGGUUUGGAAGGAAUUAUUGGCUAACUGCAAGCGUUGCAAAGCAAUCACUAGCCUGCUAUUCAGUGGUGUGGCUGUGUGGUCCCAAGGGUCUCUUUUCCAAGCUUAAAAUGAUAAACAUUCAACAUUGGCCAUGCUGUCAAUCCAGCAUGAUUUCUGCUGCGCUCAGAACUGUUAACUCCGAACUGGGAAAUCUGACUUCAGUGAGUUCAAGACAACUGGGAACUCGGGGAAGAAAUUAGCUCCGACUGGGAAAAUACGUUUUGACCGGUCAUCCAACUCUGAAUUGUAAGUCGGGAACUCGGGCCUCUUUCUAGAGCUAUGACCUGAAGAUCACUGACGUCAUCAUAAUUUGACCUUGUUUUUUCCCCGAGUUCCCAGUUGUCUUGAAAGCGCCAUAAAUCCAGAGAAUGCCAGACUUUGAUGACAAAGUUUGAUGACAAAAUUUGCCCACGAAGGACCGCCGCGCCACCUUCCUGUUCAAGUGAGCACAGCACAACAAGGUGAGUCCAAAAAUGUCUUGUAUGCUGCUGCAUAAAUAAUGUAAUAUGCCAGGGAGAUAUGUAUACUGUAGCUAAGAAAGUAAUACUAAGUGUAGGUCAUGUAGUAAGCUGUUAGUAGCCCAUGUGCCUCACCGUAAUAAUUUGGUCUAUUUUCCUGUCUUAAUUGUGCGUACUGUUCUGACUUGGUGGUGAACGUGUAGCCUAUAACCUGUUUUAGAGAAAUGUAAUCAUCGAAUAUUGUAAGAGCUUUCAUUUUCUGCUUAUAUGCCCACUUUAUUUAUCCUACGGUUCUGACUUGGUGUACAGGGAGAACACUGUAAGAACGGCCCAAUUACGGAUUGCCUCUUAUCCGCUUGUCAUCCCCUUAUGCCAUAGUUUGUACAUCUCAAUUUACAUUUACAUUUUAGUCAUUUAGCAGACGCUCUUAUCCAGAGCGACUUACAGUUAGUGAGUGCAUACAUUUUUCAUACUGGCCCCCCGUGGGAAUCGAACCCACAACCCUGGUGUUGCAAGCGCCAUGCUCUACCAACUGAGCUACAGGAGGCCUACAGUAGAAACCACAUUUGUUUAGGCAAGUCAGCCAUAUCAGCUAUGUUUUUUUUAAAGGCAGUAAAUGAGGCUGAAUGAAUUGUUUUGCUGCCAGACAAGGCUCCACUGAUAGCCAGGUGUAGUAGUGGUAAGGUGUUGGGACUCUGCUGUUGGGACUCUGCUGUUGGGACAGAUUUAUGUCGGCCCUAACAGUUUGUGGGCACCGUUUGUCACCGUUCUAGUGCAAUUAGUGUAUUGUUCAGUGUUGUGUUGUGGCUUUGCUGGCAUGCAUCCCCCAAUUUUUUCUUUUGUUUGCCCCAUCAAGAUUGACAUGCUAAAAUUGCCACUGUGAACAGUCCAAGUAAAUAUUGUCAGUCAGAGCCCUAUUCAAUACAUUUUUCAAUGUUGAGGGUUAGCAGUGGUGGAAAAAGUACCCAACUGUCAUACUUGAUUAAAAGUAAAGAUGCCUUAAUAGAAAAUGCCUCAAGUAAAAGUGAAAGUCACCCUGUAAAGUAUUUAUUGACUAAAAGUCUGAAAGUAUUUGGUUUUAAAUAUACUUAAGUAUCAAAAUUAAAGGUAAAAGUAUAAAUCAUUUCAAAUUCCUUUUAUUAAGCAAACCAGAUGGCACAAUGUGUUUUUAUUUAUUUACGGAUAGCCAGGGGCACACGCCAACACUCAGACAUCAUUUACAAAUGAAGAAUUUGUGUUUAAUGAGUCCAACAGAUCAGAGGCAGUAGAGAUGACCAGGGAUGUUCUCUUGAUAAGUGUGUGAAUUGGACCAUUUUCCUGUCCUGCUAAGCAUUCAAAAUGUAACGAGUGCUUUUGGGUGUCAGGGAAAAUGUAUGGAGUAAAAAAGUACAUUACUUUCUUUAGGAAUGUAGUGAAGUAAAAGUUUUCAAAAAUAUAAAUAGUAAAGUAGAGAUACCACCAAGAAGACAUUUUAUCAUUGUUAUUUUCUCAGUAGGUUUUGCAUGGGUGGAGUUUUGGCUUACCUGGUGACAUCACCAGGCGGGAUAAGUUAAUAUAGACCAAUAACAAAGAGGGUUCAAAACCUCUCUGCCAAUAACAGCUCAUUUUCAGAUGACAUACUGCAUCUCUCCCCCUCCCACUCAGACCACUCCCAGACAGUCCUAGCAAAAUUCUUGCUUGAGAAAUAGAUUUUUGCUAAAAAGCUAUUUUUUGUUUAUUUUUUAACAUUAAGUGAAAACUAUUACAGUAAGGUACUCAAUUGUUAACUAGAAAUUAUUUGAUAUUGCAAUAAGAACGGCUGCAUUGAGCCUUAACUAACCCUUCGAAUAAAAUUUUACCAUAAUUGCAAUAUCCCUCUCCCCACCCUGUACAGGAGUUUGCCGACAGUCUCCAGAACAGUGGAGUUCAUGGUGCGGUCAUGGUGCUAGAUCCCUCCUUCAACAUGGACUCCAUGGCAACGGCAUUGGGUAUCCUAGGCAACAAGCACAUGAUUCGCCGCCACCUCACUGAGGAAAUGAAGGCCCUCAUCAGCUCGGCCAGGUGAGGCAGGGCAGGGCAGAGAGAGAGAGUGAGAGAGAGCAACAGAGAGAGAGAGAAAGAGAGAGAAUAUAGAUGAGCCUUAUUUUCAGGGAAGGCCUGAGGCAGGUCAUGUGAGGAUGAUGUCAUCCCUCCUCGAGUUAAUGUGAACAACAUGGCCUGGAGACCAUGUGACACCUUAUAAUUGCUGAGAGGGCUGAAUAGACAACAUCCCUUAACCUAAUGAGGGAGGGGACUUGUGGGUACAAUCAUGAGGGCAGGACACCGAUCUCUUUCAAAGAUACAAGUCAGACCAGAUUCUGAGUGCUGGUUGUAUCGCCAGCUCAACACAUGCACUCCAGAGAAAUACGGCUGCCUAUAUCAGGGGUUCUCAAAGUGGGGUCCAUGGACCACCAGGCGGCCAGAUCAAAAGAAGAAAAAAUAUAUAUAUAUAUACAUAUACACUGCUCAAAAAAAUAAAGGGAACACUAAAAUAACACAUCCUAGAUCUGAAUGAAUGAAAUAAUCUUAUUAAAUACUUUUUUCUUUACAUAGUUAAAUGUGCUGACAACAAAAUCACACAAAAAUGAUCAAUGGAAAUCAAAAUUAUCAACCCAUGGAGGUCUGGAUUUAGAGUCACCCUCAAAAUUAAAGUGGAAAACCACACUACAGGCUGAUCCAACUUUGAUGUAAUGUCCUUAAAACAAGUCAAAAUGAGGCUCAGUAGUGUGUGUGGCCUCCACGUGCCUGUAUGUCUCCCUACAACGCCUGGGCAUGCUCCUGAUGAGGUGGCGGAUGGUCUCCUGAGGGAUCUCCUCACAGACCUGGACUAAAGCAUCCGCCAACUCCUGGACAGUCUGUGGAGGAACCCAGGGCCAACCGCACCAGCAUAUGGUCUCACAAGGGGUCUGAGGAUCUCAUCUCGGUACCUAAUGGCAGUCAGGCUACCUCUGGCGAGCACAUGGAGGGCUGUGCGGCCCCCCAAAGAAAUGCCACCCCACACCAUGACUGACCCACCGCCAAACCGGUCAUGCUGGAGGAUGUUGCAGGCAGCAGAACAUUCUCCACGGUGUCUCAAGACUCUGUCACGUCUGUCACAUGUGCUCAGUGUGAACCUGCUUUCAUCUGUGAAGAGCACAGGGCGCCAGUGGCGAAUUUGCCAAUCUUGGUGUUCUCUGGCAAAUGCCAAAGGUCCUGCACAGUGUUGGGCUGUAAGCACAACCCCCACCUGUGGACGUCGGGCCCUCAUACCACCCUCAUGGAGUCUGUUUCUGACCGUUUGAGCAGACACAUGCACAUUUGUGGCCUGCUGGAGGUCAUAAUGCAGGGCUCUGGCAGUGCUCCUCCUGCUCCUCCUUGCACAAAGGCGGAGGUAGCAGUCCUGCUGCUGGGUUGUUGCCCUCCUACGGCCUCCUCCACGUCUCCUGAUGUACUGGCCUGUCUCCUGGUAGCGCCUCCAUGCUCUGGACACUACGCUGACAGACACAGCAAACCUUCUUGCCACAGCUCGCAUUGAUGUGCCAUCCUGGAUGAGCUGCACUACCUGAGCCACUUGUGUGUGUUGUAGACUCCGUCUCAUGCUACCACUAGAGUGAAAGCACCGCCAGCAUUCAAAAGUCCAAGACCAAAACAUCAGCCAGGAAGCAUAGGAACUGAGAAGUGGUCUGUGGUCACCACCUGCAAAACCAGUCCUUUAUUGGGGGUGUCUUGCUAAUUGCCUAUAAUUUCCACCUGUUGUCUAUUCCAUUUGCACAACAGCAUGUGAAAUGUAUUGUCAAUAAUAAUAUGCCAUUUAGCAGACGCUUUUAUCCAAAGCGACUUACAGUCAUGUGUGCAUACAUUUUUUUUUUGUGUAUGGGUGGUCCCGGGGAUCGAACCCACUACCUUGGUGUUACAAGCGCCGUGCUCUACCAGCUGAGCUACAGAGGACCCAGUGUUGCUUCCUAAGCAGUUUGAUUUCACAGAAGUGUGAUUGACUUGGAGUUAUAUUGUGUUGUUUAAGUGUUCCCUUUAUUUUUUUUGAGCAGUGUGUAUAUAUAUAUAUAUAUAUAUAGUACCAGUCAAAAGUUUGGACACACCUACUCAUUCAAGGGUGUUUCUUUAUUUUUACUAUUUUAUACAUCAUGUUAAACAAAUCAAAAUAUAUUUUGUAUUUGAAAUUCUUCAAAGUAGCCACCCUUUGCCUUGAUGACAGCUUUGCACUCUCUUGGCAUUCUCUCAACCAGCUUCACCUGGAAUGCUUUUCCAACAGUCUUGAAGGAGUUCCCACAUAUGCUGAGCACUUGUUGGCUGCUUUUCCCUCACUCUGUGGUCCAACUCAUCCCAAACCAUCUCAAUUGGGUUGAGGUCAGGUGAUUGUGGAGGCCAGGUCAUCUGAUGCAGCACCCCAUCACUCUCCUUCUUGGUAAAAUAGCCCUUACACAGCCUGGAGUUGUGUUGGGUCAUUGUCCUGUUGAAAAACAAAUGAUAGUCCCACUAAGCACAAAACAGAUGGGAUGGCAUAUCUCUGCAGAAUUAUGUGGUAGCCAUGCUGGUUAGGUGUGCCUUGAAUUCUAAAUAAAUCACAGUGUCACCAGCAAAGCACCCCCACACCAUCACACCUCCUCCUCCAUGCUUCACGGUGGGAACCACACAUGCAGAGAUCAUACGUUCACCUACUCUGCGUCUCGCAAAGACACAGCGGUUGGAACCAGAAAUCUCAAAUUUGGACUCAUCAGACCAAAGGACAGAUUUCCACCGGUCUAAUGUCCAUUGCUCGUGUUUCUUGGGCCAAGCAAGUCUCUUCUUAUUGGUGUCCUUUAGUAGUGGUUUCUUUGCAGCAAUUCGACCAUGAAGGCCUGAUUCACAUAGUCUCCUCUGAACAGUUGAUGUUGAGAUGUCUGUUACUUGAACAUUUAUUUGGACUGCAAUUUCUGAGGCUGGUAACUCUAAUUAACUUAUCCUCUGCAGCAGAGGUAACUAUUUUCAUCAUAGAGCUUGAUGGUUUUUGAGACUGCACUUGAAGAAACUUUCAAAGUUCUUGAAAUGACUGCCCUUCAUGUCUUAAAGUAAUGAUGGACUGUCAUUUCUCUUUGCUUAUUUGAGCUGUUCUUGCCAUAAUAUGGACUUGGUAUUUUACCAAAUAGGGCAAUCUUCUGUAUACCACCCCUACCUUGUCACAACACAACUGAUUGGCUCAAACGCAUUAAGAAGGAAAACAAUUCCACAAAUUAACUUUUAAGAAGGCACACCUGUUAAUUGAAAUUCAUUCCAGGUGACUACCUCAUGAAGCUGGUUGAGAGAAUACCAAGAGUGUGCAAAGCUGUCAAAGGCAAAGGGUGGCUACUCUGAAGAAUCUCAAAUAUAAAAUAUAUUUUAAUUUGUUUAACACUUUCUUGGUUACUACAUGAUUCCAUAUGUGUUAUUUCAUAGUUUUGAUGUCUUCAUUGUUAUUCUACAAUGUAGAAAAUAGUAAAAAUAAAGGAAAACCCUGGAAUGAGUAUGUGUGUCCAAACUUUUCACUGGUACUGUAUGUAUCUAUACAGAAUAUAUGAAAUUUCAUUUUUUAAAUGAAUAUUACUAACAACAGAUUAAAAUAAAUUUUGCCAAAGGAUCUGUGGAAUAAGUAAGGUAAUAUUAUUUAUCUAUGUUCUUAUCCCUGGGCAGCAGGGGCCGGGAGGCUCACAGGGAUAUUGGUAUUCACAGUACUCCACCAAUUAUCAUUUUAUAAUUAUAUUUUUUUUAACAUAAAUGCACUGUAAUUUAAGCUUUACAACUGCAAUGUUUUCUUUCUGCCUCAUGGCAAAAUGUGUGGAAUUGCAGGAUAUUAGCUUUAAAGCUGCAACAACAAAAAAUCUCUCUGCCCCAUGACAAAAUGUGUAGAAUUGUAAGAAAUUAGCUUGAAAACUGCAACAACGCCAAGUCGGGCCUUUUAAAUGUUGUUCCCCGGGCCCAAGACUUGGUUCGUCCAGCCAUGCACUCUAGACGUCAUAGUAAAACUCCUUGUAAGCAAUUUUAUCUGAUUAUGAGGGGGUCCCUGAUGAAUUCACUCCGGACCCAAAAAGUUUGAGAACCCCUGGCCUAAAUAACAAUCAUAAACCAAUCAAUCAAUGCCUCUCAUAAUAAUAAACAACCAAUCAAUCAAUAAUGUAUCCAUCCCCCCCCCCCCUCCCAGGUCAGGUGGUCUACAGCAGCACCAUGAUAGGCUGGGGACUAUGAGCACCCCACCCACGCCUCUAUGCCAUGCUUCCCCACCUACGCCGUUACGCCAUGCCUUCCUGGGCCAGCCCACCAGCUCCGCCAGCCGCCACACACACCUGGACGACGAAGGCUCCCUCAGGAGACGGGCCGUCAAGGUGUGCACUCCCCCAGACUACGGACGAAAAUUAGCUAUUUUGCUAACUCCGUCACACUUGAAUGUAAACAAUAAAUGUUGAUUAAAGGGAUAGUUCAGCUAAAGUCAAUGCUAAUAAUUAGCUUUGUUGGUCAUGGCUAGUUUAAGAAAACCAAAUUGUGGAUUGCAGUCACUCUGCUUUCAUUCAAGGCAAGGAAACAAAUAUCUAUAUAUGUAAUUUAUAUGAACUAUCCCUUCAAUGCGCACUGUCCGUCAAAUACAUUCCUGUGUCGAUGUUAUAGCUUCAAGUCUUUCUUGUUUUGAAAAAGGCCUUGUAGCCAAAAUGUCUCUAUUCGUUCCUCUUGCAUUUGCUUUCCUAUAGUGUAGACCUAUAGCCCUAGGGGAAUAUAUAUUUACUGUGUAGCGAUAUCCUCAGUUUGAAGCCUUGUUUGAAAAUGGUCAAAAUGCUUCCUUCCUCCCCCUUGGAGUAACCACUGAUCUAACGUUACAGAAUAGGUCACCAUUCCAGACAUGUCAGAUCAGUGAUUACUUCAAGAGAGGAAGGAUGCAUUUUCAAAGUAUCUGAACAGUAUCUUCCCCCCGCCCAACCUCCUUUAGGGUUCAGCCCCAAAGCCCAAUGUGGGCCGGACUUGAGUUGUCAUAGCUACUGCUCCCUGCCGAGAGAGGCUUGCGCUGAAGCUCUGCCCAGGACGGAGGGGAGUCCAAUCCACAGACAAUCGGGCCUCGAGGUCACGGACAUGUGA